AUGACUGGCCCCGGCCCUGGGAGCUCCAAAAAGGCCUCCAUGGAAAGCAAGCGCAAUUUCUUGUUUCCCUUGAACCUUGGAGGUACAGCGCAACCGGUCGGCGUUUCACUUCAUCCCGAUUCGCGUCCCUUUUCGCGUCCCUCUUCGCGUCCCCGUCUUCAAGCUACAUUCACGAACCACAAAUCAAGACCUGACGGGAGCCAACGGCUCUCAUUAGCGGUAGCCGCCGUGUCGGAAAUUCAAGGUCGACGAUACCCGGAUUUUUCGUCGUGUCUCGCCUCCGCUUCGUACUGUUUCCCGGGUCUGUUUCCAGCCUCCAGUCUGCAGGGUCCCCAAUCUACGUUAUUUGAAACACGAUUCACAUCGCACCACAGCCAGCCCGCAGCCCGCCAGCCACUGAGUGCGGAGCGAGCACCUGGGGACAGCCUGCUGUUCCGUAGGGAUUUUGCGCCGAGCCCGUCUCCCAACCAGCUGAUUCAAGUCGUGAAAAUGGUUAACACGGCUGCACCUCUCUCCAUCAUUAUCGAGUCCAAUACGUCGUCUACAGGAUCAUGGGACAGCAAGAAGAUGCACCCAUCGCCUUUAGCUUCGCAUCCUUUUCGGAUCCCAACGCCGUGUUUUACUGACCUCGAUAUCCCCUCCGACCUGCAAUUUACCUCGCGUCCUAUGUCGGCCCUGAAUUUUGGAGGCACGCGCACGAGCUAUCUCGGAGGCGACUUACACGGCACCUUUAGUCACGGCGAUGUUAUCCGCCGCCGUCGCAGUCGCGACGAUGUGGCUGCUCUGAUUGAGUUUCUGCGCACCCACGAGCCGCCGCCCGACAACUUCAUGUCGCAGCCCUACAGCGCCACGGGGGAGGAGGAGCGCGGCAGAUGGGGCAAACUCAGCGUCAUGGGCAAGAGGAGGAGCAAGUCCAUGAGCAGAGCACCAGCUCCCCUUCAGCUGCCCGAUUCCGCAGUUGCUGGUGUCACCACCGGUGGUCACCGUCACAUUGCCAUUUCCAUCCCGCUCAACGCCUCUCACUUUGGCGACGAUCCCAAGUCCCAGUACCCUGUAUCCAAUCACAACAUUCAAUCGACCAUUCCGCCACUACCCGAGGCGGUCCGCACUUUCAAGAACAAAAACGGCGUCGUCACCGUUCUCAGGUCAUUUUCCCCGAGCCAAAACCACAACCAUCUACCGCCCAGUCCCGCCUCGCCUCGCCGCUUCGACAGAGAGUAUCCUCCGCAGCUGCUACGAAACCGCCGCAUGAUGCCACCGUCACCUGUGCCUUCGUCUCCCGACGACUCUGAACACUGGCCGCUGGCCCAGUCCGAACCAGAGGCAUCCUCUCAUGCCCAGCAAGCCACGACUGCUGCCUACGAUGGCACCGAAGAGACUCGUUCCAGGAUUGCCUCGCGUCAGACUGCCGAAUUUGUCCGCGCAGCGUAUCCAUCGCGCGGUUCUAGCAUGGCUGCUCCGCCGCGUAGUAAGCAUCAUCACGCGUCCUCGAUUGACGAAGUGAUUGCGGAAGAACCUCAUAAUAGAAACCCCUCGCCCAUGCCACACGAUGGCGCAGUGCGUCGCAACACUGAACGACGCACGGGGCACCCGCCAGUAUCUUUAAACACUUCGCCUAUUUCCCGAAAAUCGACCUCCAGCCUGCGACCCGCGCGGCCGGCCGACAAGCAGCCAGCAGCCAAGCAACCAAAAGUGACUCAGGUCACCGACAACCCGGUCGUCAGCCGCGUGCGGUCGCCCUCGCCGCCUGCGAGCAUCAACUCUGUCAAGAGCCGCCGCGAAAAGGUGCGCGAUAAGAAGUUCCGCGACAUUGCGGCGGCACGCAGCUCGAAACUCGGUACGCUACCGUCCCCCACAGCGACCGAGGGCAGGAAUCGGUCAAUAACAUCGCCUACCAAGGACCAUUGCGCUCCCACAGCCACAGCUGAGUCCGGGCCGAAGCUAUCAACCAUUAUGGUCGUCGUCGACAUGCACCCAGACGACGAGGCCGCCAACAAAGAUCCCGCAGCCACUGCCGACGACGACGACGCAAACUCCGUCGUCGAGGUGCCGCCCGAGUCCGUCACGACGCUCCCCACGCCACCAACGUCCACCGAGACGUCACCCGCGCAAAAGCACGGCUUCGACGGCACGCGCACGUCGCUGACCCGCCGCCGCGAGUGGCAGCAGCAGGACCGCAACACGCGCGAGGCCAGCGUCGUCGCCAAGACCACGCAGCAACCCCGACGACCACUCGUCGCCCCGCGCGCCGCCUCGUACGCCGGCGUCACCGUCACUGACCCCGAGCGCGAGAUCCUGCACCUGUACGAGACCUACCGCGAGCAGCGCCUGCGCGACAUGGAGAGCCGCGUGCGCCGCCUCGAGCGCAACGGCGACCUGUGGUUGCGCGCCCUCGUGCCCAUGCUCGAAGAUGUCCACAACAGCCGCCGCGGUAUCGUGGCCGCCACAUCCAGCCUCGACGACGCAACCCCCCUGCGCGACUGGGCCUCGGAUGACGGGACCACCGCCAACGCAGCCGGCCUCACGCCGCGCGCCUCGCACCGCAGGCAUCUUAUCCGCCGCGCGAGCCUCUCCCGCGAGCGCAUGCUCGAGGAGCUGAUGCGUCGCGAAGAGCGUGACCUGCUCGACCGCCGCUACGGCCAGCCCGAUGCCAGCGGUAUGGGCUCCAUCGAGCCGCUUAUGCGCGAGCUCGCUGCCGGCGGCGCCCGUCCGGAGACGAGCAGCACCCGCUCGUCCAACUCGCGCCCCAGGCCGCCACCUGCCCCGCGUAGCGUCUCGGGGAGCGACGUGCCGCCGAUGCCGCUGCGUCCGAGACCGGUGAGCAAUCGCCUGUGGGUGUAG